AAAUAAUGAGGCGGGCAAAGCCAAAAGACCAACCAAAGCAAGCGCAGAAGAGCAGCGACACACACCAUUCUUCUUGCUCCUCCUUCUUCGAUACGACGUCGUCUCGUCUCAGGCCAGCCAUGUCUUACGACUACCUCUUCAAGUACAUCAUCAUCGGCGACACAGGUGUAGGGAAAUCGUGCCUGCUCCUGCAAUUCACGGACAAGCGCUUCCAGCCUGUGCAUGAUCUCACCAUUGGCGUCGAGUUCGGAGCUCGCAUGGUCACAAUUGAAACCCGGCCCAUCAAGCUACAGAUUUGGGACACCGCUGGGCAAGAGUCUUUCAGGUCCAUUACUAGAUCUUACUACAGAGGAGCGGCUGGGGCACUGCUGGUUUAUGACAUAACCAGGAGGGAGACAUUUAAUCAUCUGGCAAGCUGGCUAGAGGAUGCCCGGCAGCAUGCAAAUCCCAACAUGACAAUCAUGCUCGUUGGGAACAAGUGUGAUCUUGCUCAUAGAAGGGCUGUCAGUAAAGAGGAAGGGGAGCAAUUUGCAAAGGAGAAUGGUCUUUUAUUCUUGGAGGCGUCUGCGAGAACUGCUCAAAAUGUUGAGGAGGCCUUCAUAAAGACUGCUGGAAAGAUUCUUCAGAAUAUCCAGGAUGGUGUGUUUGAUGUAUCAAAUGAGUCAUCUGGUAUCAAGGUUGGAUAUGGACGCCCCCAAGGUUCAGCAGGCGCAAGAGAUGGAGCUGUUGCUCAGAGAAGUGGAUGUUGCAGCUGAUCAGAACACAAAGUAGAUUCUGUACUCAUUCCUUUUGUUUUAGUCAUCUGCCUGUCCAGCAUAUGUGCUUUUGAACAUACAUUGUGCGACAUAGGGAAAACGUUGAAUGUAUAGUUUUAAGCUCUUGGAUAUAUUCUACUCUACUUUAUUUAGUGCUCAAGUAUUUCUCAACCGGGAUCGACUUUGUACAGGGUUUGUUCAAAGCAAUCCAUCAUUCCAUUGUUCAAGAUCACGGGGAAAUAUUUUUUUAUAAUAUUUAUGGCACUG